AUGCCAGAGCUACUACAACUUCCGCCAGAGCUGCGUGCGCGCAUUGCCGAGUUUGUCGCUCUCAGUGGACCAGAUCCAAUCGACUCGUACGACGACGAUGACGAGAACAAGUACAAGGCUGUCAACGAUCCAGCAUUCUCCAGGAGUCGUCCAUGCAACAGACUUGCUGUAACACCACGCCCAGAUGUAGACAGCUUGCGCAAUCUACGCCUUGCAUCAAAGCAGUUCUCUACCUUGUGCGCAACACAUCUAUAUGCUUGUGUGCGACUACUGCCCACUGAGGAAUCUGCUUCUCGCUACAACAACAUCCUUUCCUCAGCUACCUUGUCCCAGCACGUACAAAAAGUUGUCUUUCAGACGAGGAUGGUACCGGAUGGUAGUAAUUCAUGCUGGGCUCGUCGAGAACCUGGCCCUGGAGAUGAAUACCGUCAGCCUCAUCCCUAUUUUCUCGAUGCUCUGACGCGAGUCGGUCAGUUCUCUAAUCUGACACAUGUGGAACUGGUCUUCUCAAGCAGUUGCAGUGGCCCGUCAUGGGACCAGGAAUAUGACUGCAUGGAGAUGAUGCGGUUCCGAGAAGAAAUCUUGCGCGUUUUCUACGCUCGACUCAAUCACUGCGAACACCCCGCGAGCAAGUUGUACAAUCUCAGCAUCAAGAAUCUACAGGACUUUACUCCGAAAGCCCUGAUUGAGAACGCUGACGACAAGGAAAAUGAAUUCGCAAGGAACUUCCAGCACGUCAUGUCAAGGAUCACACAUUUCAGCCUCCAGGUUGCUACAGAAGAUGAUAGCGCCGCACCGGAACACAUGUUGGAAAUCCCUGAGAGCCAUGACUUCUUUGGCCAUGAACUGCAAACCUACUGGCUUGCACCAAUAGCCGAUAAUCUUGUUUACCUCAAGCUUUAUGCAAGCGACAUGUACUUUGGCAUGUAUCCUAGAUGCAAUCUACCAAGAUUUCCAAGGCUGCGUAUACUGCUUCUUGGAAACAUAAGCAUUGUGAACGACGACCAUAUCGACUGGAUCCUUAGUCACGCAGCAACACUUGAAGAACUGGUUCUCGAUGACGCGAUGAUAGCAGUCGGUGCAAGAUUUCUCGAGCGCAACGUUGACACAGACAAACAAUGUGUCCUCUACUCGCCAAUCGAGAUCAAGGAUGGCCGUCCGACGUAUCAGCCCCAAAUAGACCGUAUGGCGCCGAAACAGAAAUGGCUUUGGCCCACACGCUGGCACCACGUCUUUACUCGCCUGCAGCAAGGGUUGCCUAAGCUAAAGCACUUUACCUUUGGCCACGGAAAAUGGGAUGACCAUCUUGCGUUCGACGAAGCCGACGUUCUGAUGAGUAGAUUAAGAGACGCAAGAUAUCAAUACUUUGACGAAGGUACUGGACCUAAUAACUGGCUAGAGGCCGACAACAGUGAUAAGGCAUUCAAUGACUGGGCAAAGGUGUAUGGGGAAGCGGUUGUUUAUCAGCCCCAAUGCGAUGAGGAGGACUGGCAAGCGUUGAAAGACUUACUCCAUGAAUUGGAGAAGAGGAGAUAG